GGCCGGCCCGGGAGGCUGCUCGCCGGAGCGGGGCGGCGGGGGCCGCGGCGCUCGCAGCCCGCUCGCCGGCCGGAGGCAGCCGCCGCCGCCUCCCGUCCCGUCCCGUCCGGUGCGGCGCGGGGGCUCGGCCGGCCCCGCUCGCCCGCACCCCCGGGAGGGCGGGGGCGGCCCCCCGGCUCCCCGCGGCCAUGGCCGGCGGCUCCCCGGCCCCCGGCGCCGGCUCCGAGGACGGCCCCCGCUUCCACCCGCGGCCGGCGGAGCCGCCUCCGUGGGGUCCCAGCCCGCCGGGGCCGUGGGAGGCCCCGCAGCCGGCGGCGGCGCGGCUGCCCGUGAUCCGCCACCGCGGCUCCAACACGCUCAACUUCCACUUCCACGGCCCGGCGGCCCCCCGGAGCGCAGCGAGCGACUGGUACCAAACCUGGCCGGGCAAGGAGGCGAAGGCGCCCGGCCCCACGGCGGCGGCGGCGGCAGGGCCCGUGGGGGGUCCCGGCGCCCCGGCCCCCCGGCCGCCCGGCUGGUCGGCCACCUGGAGCAAGGAGAGCAAGCGGCGGGAGAAGCGCUGGGUGAAGUAUGAUGGCAUCGGGCCCGUGGACGAGACGGGCAUGCCCAUCGCCUCGCGCUCGAGCGUGGACCGGCCCCGCGACUGGUACCGCAGCAUGUUCCAGCAGAUCCACCGCAAGCUGCCAGAGCCGCCGCUGCUGGACUGGGACGCCCCGGCGGAGCCCCGCGUGGGGACGGGGACGGGGACCCCCGCCGCUUUGCCUCCGUCUCCCCCGGAGCCGCGGAGGAAAGGGCCGUCGCCCGCCGGGCUGCCCAACGGGCUGGAGUGGGCCGGCUGGGGCGACGCCGGCUCCGCCGCAGAGCCCCGCAGCAUUUUUGACUACGAACCGGGCAAGUCCUCGGUGCUGGACCGUCCCGCGCAGCCCCAGCCGCGCCCCAGCGCCGUGCCGCCAGCGCGGGCCCAGCCCAUCGAGGUGCUGCUGCAGCGGGAGCUGGAGCAGCUCAGCGAGGAGCUCGACAAGGACAUGAAGGCCAUGGAGAGCCGGCAGCACCCCCGCGAGCGCCCGGCGGCCGAUCCCGCCGCCCGCUCCCCCGCUCCGGCCUCCGCCGCGGCCCGGCGUCCGGGCGCUGCGCCCGAGCCGCCGUCGCCCCGCAGGAGCCCGUCGUCGCCCCGCCAGCUGCGGAGCCCCGCCGGCCGCCCGCCCGCUGCCGGCCCAGACGCGCUCCGGCCGGGAAUGCUGCCCGGGCUGCCGCAGCUCGGGGACCCCGCGGAGGCAGUGAGGAGGGAGGAGAAGAAGAUGAAGGCGGCUCGCCUCAAGUUCGACUUCCGAGCCGAGUCGCCCAAGGAGCUGCCGCUGCGCAGGGGCGACAUCGUCUACAUCCACAAGGAGGUGGACAGGAACUGGCUGGAGGGCGAGCACCACGGCCGCGUGGGCAUCUUCCCCUCCAACUACGUGGAGGUGCUGCCCCCCACGGAGGUGCCCAAGCCCAUCAAAGCGCCCACCAUCCAGGUGCUGGAGUACGGCGAGGCCCUGGCGCUCUACAACUUCCGCGGAGAGCUGCCCGUGGAGCUCUCCUUCCGCAAGGGUGAGCGCGUCUGCCUGGUGCGCCGGGUGGACGAGAACUGGUACGAGGGGCGCAUCUCUGGCACCAGCCGGCAGGGCAUCUUCCCGGCCACCUACGUGCAGGUGCUGAAGGAGCCGCGGGUGAGAGCCAGCGCCGAGGAGUUCCCCCCGUCGCCCGCCGCCUCCAGCCCCCGCGUGGGCUCCCCGUGCCCGCAGCUCCCGGCCAGCUCCCCCGGUGCCCCGCGGCGGGCGGCGGAGCGGGGUCCCGGCGACGCUGGGGGGCCGCCGUCCUCGCCCCGCCGCCUCGGUGCCGCCUCGCCCCGCUCCCCGGAGCUGCCCCGUGCCCGCGGCCAGAGCCCCCCGCCGCCUGCCUCGGCCACCGGACCCCACUGCCCGGCGCAGCUGAGCCGGCCACAGCACCCGGCGCCCGCCGGUGCCCACCCCGCCGCCGCCCCCUCCUCCAACGGCUCCGACAUCCAGUGGACCCCCUACCGGGCGCUGUACCAGUACCGGCCCCAAAACGCCGACGAGCUGGAGCUGCUCGAGGGCGACCGGGUGGACGUCAUGCAGCAGUGUGACGACGGCUGGUUCGUGGGCGUUUCCAGGAGGACGCAGAAAUUCGGCACUUUCCCCGGCAAUUACGUGGCGCCGGUGUGAGCGCGCGGCGCGGAGAAGAGGAGCGUCCCGCGGCUCGGCCCCGCGAGCCCCUCACCGUCCCCCCGCGGGGUGCGGUGCCUCUUCUUCCCCCCCACCACCCCGGCAUCGCGCGGGGCCUCCUCCACCCCGCUGCCUUUAUCCGACCCCUCGUGGCCUCCGCUGGCGGCCCGCUGGCCCUGCUUCCCCGCUCCGGACCGGUGCCGGGGGAGGCCGUGCCGGCCGCAUUCCCUCCUUGCCCGUCAUUAAAGCUCGGCUGCAGCCCCC